AAAGGAUACUUUAAAUAAAAUACCUAUAUAGAAGCAAUAGUAGUAUAUGACUAAAUAUACAAUUAUCCAAUACUGAAAAUUGACUGAGAUCAGAGAUGUCAAAAAGUUAAAAAACAACUUCAACUUAUUUUCAGGUUAUAAAACAAACAUAUUUGUAUUUAACAUCUAAUUAUUUUUUAAUUAAGCUAGGCAUAUAAGUAUUUUCACCGUUUUCGGACAUAUAAAAUGUCUACACGUUGGUAUCCUAUUUAUCAAAGGGGCAAUCCACAGCUAAGAGUUUUUCUUCCUAAUUUCUGGAUGAAAAUUGUGCGUCCUCAGGCAAAACAAUUACCCAAUGUUGUUCAGUUCCAUUGCUCCAUGGAAAUGACUAAAUUUGACAUAAAAAAUUACUUGGAAAAAAUAUAUCAUAUCCCUGUAGUUGAUGUAAGAACCAAAAUAGCAUUAGGGAAAUUCCGACGUGAUGCAGGUAAAGGAUAUGUAAUCAAAGAUGAUGAUGUUAAGACAGCUUAUGUUGUAUUGCCAAAAGAUAUGAAAUUUGAAUAUCCCGACAUAUUUGCCAAUAAAAAGGAUGAUGCAGAAGAGGAACAGAAAGCUUUGGGUGAUGCUAAGAAAAACUUCCAAAACUAUAUUGACCGCAACAAACACAGGACAGAUGUUCCCAGCUGGUUCACUAUAUGAACAUUUGUGUGUAAAUUAGUAUUGUGUUUAUGUAGAUGUAAUUAGCACUUAAUAAAUGUUCUUUAAUGUUUUCCCAAAUUUAUUACUUUUAAUUUAUUGUCAGUAUAUAAUGAUAUUCCUAUGUAAAAUGAUGUGAUUAUAUCAAAGAUUGAUAUAUAGCAGAUAGCAGUGUAAAUAAUAUGUCAAUUUUAUGCCUUUUGUAAACAUUUAUUCAUAUAAUUGAAUUUAUGAGUACAAAACCUUGGUUCAAACUAAACCAAACAAGAAAUGUUGAAAGAAAAAUAAUUAAAAAAAGAUAUGAAGAAGCUUCAACAUUUGCUACUACAAACAUUGUCUCAUUAAUUAUUAACAUUGCUCAGCAACUCUCAAAUGUAUAUUUACUAAAAAACUGGCAAUCAAUACCAUAAAUCAACUUAAUAACAACAUUUUAUUCAUUUAAAUCCAUAUUUAAAUGAUAUAAAACUGAAAUUCUUAACAUAAUGUAUCAUACAAAGUAAUAUAGUAAGUUGCAAUAAACAAUUAACUUUAUCACAAGACAUUAAAUCAAUAAUGUUCUAGAUAAUAAAAUAAUGCUUAAUGCAACAACAUUGUUUAUUUAAUAACUAACAUUGAUAUUAAUUAUUCUCUUUUAAAAACAAAGUCAUCAUAGGUUUCCGGAAUACUCAUCCAAAAACAUAGAAGAAUGGCAACGUGGACAUUCUCCUAUAUCCAAAAGGAAAGUUACCUGAAAUGAAAU